UAAAUAAAUUAGUCGUAGUCUUCAAUGAAAAUAUACAUAUUAUUUUACGCGAGAAAAUUUUUAUCUUCUCUGAGAAGAAACGGAAAUGCUAUUAGUGUCUCCAACUUUGAGAUUCAUGCUUAUGAUAAAUUACAAUUACGUAACCUCAGGUAAACAGACUUACAAUAACAGCGUUAGGCAUCUGAACUGACGAACAUAAUAAGAAGUCAAUUGUUGAAAGUUGUAUUAAUAAAAUAAUUAUGUAGUCCUUCAAUAUAAUAAUUUACAAUUGCAGAAUAUCUCUAAAACAUUUAAUAAAAAAUUAGUAAAAUAUUAAUAAAGUAUGCUCUAAAUCAAAUUCAUGAAGAAAAAUAGCGUACAAAUCUACGAGUAGAUUUGAAAAUGUGUAUUUUAAUUUUCUUCGUGAAAUAAAAGAAUAUCGGAUAAAAUUCUUGUAUAAUCCUUCUCUUUAUUCCGAAUUUUAAACGUAAAUAACAAAAUUUUUAACGUGUUGAUUUUAUUAUUUUGAAAAUUAAUAUGAUGAGUAUUUCAUUGACGAAUGUUGACGCACAAAAGAAUUACGUGUCAGAUUUAUUUGAAUGAUUUAUUGGCGUGACAAGCUUAAUUAGAUUUGUAGAUUAGAUUGCUUACUGUAAAUAUUACUGACACCUGCGUUGUUACGAAGUGCAAAAAUCCCCUUACUUUAUUUCUUGUUAUUUUUCCUGUUAAAAGGAAAUUUAAUGCGUAAAUAGCUAAAGAAUUCCUAUGAAAGCCGACGCGGAUGUUAGUGCAUAAUAAUUUUCUUGGUUACAAUUGUUACAUUUAUUGCGCUAUCAUAUCUAAAUUAAUUUAUUAAAUCUAUUCCUAUGGAUUCGCAAGUAAUUGAUAGAAGAGUGUGUAAUUAUAUGUCUAGUUUACAGUGAAGUAUAUUUACGAUCCUAAUAAUGAUAUGCAUUAUCGUUAUUACGUGAAAUUAUAAUUUCGAUAAAUGGCAUACAAAAUGAAGCUUAAAAUUUCGCGCUACGCGCAUUAUCGUUCACUGUUUUCACUCACUUUAGGUUUACGGGUAUUCGCAUUGUAAACACUCGCGAGAUUAGGUUAGCGUGGUUCUUGUGAUUCAAAAAGUGAGUUGCGUAACGGAUGCGUUUGCAUAUACAUUGCAUCGAAAAGACGUCAUUGUUACUGUCGUUACAUUAUACCGAGGUAAUUGCCAAGUGUGAGCAACGUGCGAGAUUUAUUGUCUUUAUUAACGUAUUAAUAAUUACGCGACUUACGAUGAAAGAUAACGUGGCCUUAUCGCGUCCUGCAAUGCACGCACGUGUCUCAUGUUCAUCAAAUUCUCGCGCCACAAUGGAGCAUUAAAAAUCGAACGCAUCUGCAGUUAUCGAGCAACUUGGAAACACCGCCAAUGGCGUUUGCGGCCUCGUAAUCCUUUUUUUUCUUUUUAUACGCCAUUCGAUAUAAUAUGUGUGUCGUCGUGUCGAUAUAAUAUGUGUAUCAUCGUCUAGACUUAUGCGUGAUUGAGACUGCAAGUCACCGUCAUCGACUCCCGCUAUCGUAAUGACGAGGCUACCGGAGGUAUGAGUAAAGACUGUGGAAUAUGCGGGAUCUAUCCCAGAUGCUUGCGAGCCACCCCGAAGACCUUCAUCGCGGUGUACAGUUUACUGGGCACCGUCCAGGCGAUGGCCUUUAUCUACAUCAUCGUCACCCUGACGACUCUGGAGAAGAGAUUCAAGAUACCCAGUCGUACGACUGGGUUGAUCCUUUCGGGUAACGAGAUCUCGCAGGUCUUGUCCCUGAUCUUGACCUACUACGGAGGAUCCAGUCAUCGGCCAAGAUGGAUCGCGAUUGGGGUCGCGCUGAGCGCAUUGUCCUGUCUCGUUUUGGCACUGCCGCACUUCAUAUACGGUCCUGGGAAGGACGCUCUAGCACUGACGACGGAAUAUCUGAAUCAAACCUUGCUGAACACGACUACUGCCCCGAAGGACAUCGCGAUUUGCCCGCGUUUGGACCAGCUGGAGCUCUGCGACGCCGAAGCGGCGUCGAGCGUUAGUUACCUCCCUCGACUGUUGGUUUUUGUAUCUCAAUUUAUCCUCGGUAUCGGAACGACUCUUUAUUACGGUCUGGGACAGACGUAUUUAGACGACAAUACGAAGAAGAAAAAUACGCCUAUGCUUUUAGGCUUUACGUUCGCUUUACGUACCGUGGGUCCGGCGAUCGGAUUUCUGUUGGGCUACGGUUGCCUAAGUUUAUACAUAGACCCAAAGCUCCAUCCUGUUAUUAACAACAAAGAUCCGCGCUGGUUAGGCGCAUGGUGGCUCGGAUGGAUCAUUCUUGGCGUUACGAUGGGUAUGUUCGCCGUUUUGAUCGCUAUGUUUCCUCGCAAUCUUCCCACAUCGGAAGAUACUUCUAAAGCAUCUAAGCAGGAUGGCGAAGUACCUUUGAAGUUAGAUUUAGUGAAGCAGCAGAAGCCUCCGAUCCAGAGGGAACCUACGACGAACCCGAUACCCUUAGAAACUGAGUACACACCGACACUUCGUGAAUUUCCAAAAGCCGUGAAACGGCUGUUAACGAACCGGCUGUUGACCUGCAACAAUUUAAGCGCUGUAUUUUACAUUCUCGGCGCUUCUGCCUAUAUCACGUUUGUGGCGAAGUACCUUGAAGUCCAGUACAAUCUGUCCGCGGCUGGCGGUACCGUUAUAGCAGGUCCCGUAUCGCUGAUUGGUAUGAUAUUAGGAUUUCUGUUAUCGGGAUUUGUAAUUAGCAAAUUUAAACCCGGCCCGAGACCGCUCCUCGGGUGGAACGUGAUCGUCGGUAUUUGCUACAUUCUGGGACAAAUAUCGUUCAUAUUUUUUGGCUGCCAAGACAGCGUUGGAAUCCGCGGUGUAGACUUGCAGACUAUGCAAAUGAACUUGACAGAAGCUUGCAACGCCGAUUGCAAUUGUGCAGGCAUCAAAUAUUCGCCGGUCUGCCACGAGGCGUCGAGGACAACUUUCUUCUCCGCCUGUCACGCGGGAUGUCAAACGAUCCUGGACGACAAGCAGUUCGGAAACUGCAGUUGUCUGCCGUUGGGCGAAUCGAACCGCUUCGAUUACUUCAGCUCCGGUAAGGCCCUCGUUAUGGAGCAGCAGGUGUAUCAGCUCGACUCGGAAGCAGUUCCGCCGAUCUUCGACAAGGUCAAAGCCGGCCCCUGCCUCAACAACUGCACCCGGCAGUAUUUGUUCUUCAUGGUGAUAAGCAUGGUGAUCAACACGCUGGGCUGUUCCGGGAGAAUCGGCAAUGUCCUGGUGAACUACAGGAGCGUCGAGAAGAGGGACAAGAGUUUCGCCCAAGGCAUCACGCUGAUGAUCAUCUCAUUGGGGGCUCUGAUUCCGGGGCCUAUUAUUUACGGCGCUAUUAUCGAUUCCACUUGUUUGAUAUGGGAGGAAUCCUGUGGGACCAGAGGAAACUGCUGGUUCUACCAUCGGGACAACUUCCGAUUCUUCGUAAACAUCGCUGCGGUCGGAUUUACCACGAUAGGGGUAUUAUUCGACUGUGUAGUCUGCUAUCUCGGCAAAGAUUUGGAUCUAUACGGCGCUGCGGAGAGUGACAAGAGACGCGAGUUCGUGAAGGAAGACGUCGUGAUUGAUAAUGUGGACAAGAAGAAGGAAGUUAAUGGGAAUUUAAAUCAAAGGACAGAGCAAAGUAGUCUAUAACUGCUACUGUGUAUUCGCUGCUGUCCGAUAGUGGACAAAUCCGAUAAGAUUUGUCGAAUUGCUCUAUAGGUACCUGAAAUUCCGGAGCUUUUGUGACUGACGCUGAACAUUCCGAUGAUUUGCAGAUAGUGCAGGAGCCAAUCGUGUAAAUAAUAUUAAUAUAAUACAUCUUGAUUGAUAAACGCUCAAGUUUUUAGAUACUCGGAAUCGAAAGCUACGUGCUAUCGUUGUUACAGUUUCGUUGUUCAACGUUUAACUCCGAAUCAUUUCUAUUUCAUUGUAAAUAAAUUAUGCUUAUUUUUUUU